AAAGAUGUUAACAGAUCGAGCCCGGAAAUCGCUGGAUCCUUUGAAGUUACCAGAAGGAUUUCAAAGCAAAGUGGUUGCACCUCGCAAUGCAAAGCUGGUUAGAGAAGAAAAGAAGGAUGCUCCACUGACACCAUCCGCUUUCCUGAAAGAGAUGUCUCUCACAACGGAACAAAAACUGGCAGGCACCCAUGAAAUGCAUUUGCCUCGCAUUGUUCAGCUUUUGGACAUGAGUGAAACCUCACAUCAAAAAUUCUCCUCAGUUGACCUGGACCGGACCCUGUUUCAACCAUUCCCAUCAGAAGUGAUUUUUCAGAACUAUGCCCCUUGUGAGCUAUAUGAAGUACCACUGAUCCUGAGGAACAAUGACAAGAUCCCACGACUUGUGAAAAUUGUUUUGGAGAGUUCACCUUACUUCAGAGUCAUCAGCCCCAAUGAUGUGUGCAACAAAGUCGCACCUGGCAUGCCAUCAACAUUCCGCAUUCUGUUCACUCCUGAGGAAAACAAGGAUUAUUUUCACGAAGUAACCUGCAUUACUGAAAGGGAAAAAUUCAUUGUCCCUAUCCGAGCAAUUGGUGCCAGGGGCAUUUUGGAUUUCCCAGACCAGCUGAAUUUCUCCACAUGCCCUGUCAAGCACAGUACACAGAAAACCCUGCUUGUUCGCAACAUUGGCAACCGUGAGGCCCGCUACCAGAUUACCACCCAGAGGCCAUUUUCUGUCAGACCCUCCAUUGGGACCCUUGGAGUAAAUGAGACCACUCAAUUCACUAUUGACUUUUAUCCAGAAAAAAGUGGCAACCACUGUGAAGACCUUGUCGUGCAUUAUGAUACAGGAGAGGAUAUUCACGUCAGCUUAUAUGGAGCUGCUACAGAUGUUAAUGUGAGGCUGGAUAAGAACUCCUUGACAAUUGAGAAGACUUAUAUCACUUUAGCAAACCAGAGGUCUGUGGUCAUACACAACAGGAGUGAUAUCAUUGCACAUUUUCAGUGGAAGGUGUUUGCAACACAAGAAAAGGAAGAAGAGAAAAAACAGAAGAUUUGUCAGACCCUGCAGGCCGAACAAAGCAGCAUGCUUGAUCAGCUUCUGAUGGAAUGUAAUAUGAAUCCGGCCCUUCGUGAGCAUCUUUCCAUUGUCACCCGUACCUUUGAGAACCGCCGGGCAACUGUCCAUGAAGAUGUGAUGCUCUUCAACAAUAAAGUCUUCUCCAUUGAGCCUCUGGAGGGAGAUGUUUGGCCCAAUUCCACAAGUGAAAUCAGUGUGAUCUUUAGGCCACAAGAAGCCGGGACAUAUCUUCAGACGGUCUACUGUGAUAUAUCAGGUCGAGAGACCAGGCUACCUCUGCGUAUCAAGGGAGAGGCCAUGAGCCCCAAACUACUUUUCAAUUUUGAUCAACUGGAUGUUGGGAAAAUUUUUGUUGGAUCAGCCCACAGUUAUGAGGCCAUCUUAUCUAACCAAGGAGCUAUUGAUGCCCUCUUCAACCUGAUGUGGCCCUCCACUGUGCUGGGUGCCUGUUUUUCCUUUCAGCCCAGCGAAGGAAUCAUUGAGCCAGGUGGCCAUCAAGCCAUUCACAUUACUUUCAGCUCCUCUGUCCUGGGUCAUUUCUUCGAAGAGUUUAAGUUCAGUGUGAAUGGAUCUCCUCAGCCUGUGACCUUAGUGAUUCGGGGCUGUGUCAUUGGACCGACAUUUCAUUUCAGUGUCUCAUCUCUCAAUUUUGGGGAUGUCUCCUUUGGUUUCCCCCAGACGCUGUCCUGCUGCCUCAGCAACACCUCAUUGGUGCCCAUGACUUUCAGCCUCCGUGUCCCAGGAGAUGGUAAUGGAGAGCCAAGUAUUAGGAGUCAAGAUCAGGCCUCUGACAUCUCAAAGCCAAAAUGGAGAAAGGCAUCAUUUGCAUCUGCAAAGCCCAAGGAAUUUACUAUCGCUCCCAGCCAUGGCACCAUUCGCUCACAAGGAUUUCUAGACAUUGAGGUGACCUUAUGUUCAAACACUGUGAAGAUCUAUGAAACUGCCCUGGUAGUGGACGUAAAGGGUAGUGGUGAAGAUGUUCUAGCUCUCCCAAUUUCAGCAAGAUGUGUCACACCUCCGCUAUAUGUGGCUAAUCCCAUUGUGAAUUUUGGACGUUGUUUCCUGAAAUUUCAAUAUCAACAAAUGGCAAAACUUGUUAAUGAUAGUGACCUUCCAGGAUGCUAUGGUGUUCUUCCCCAGGAAUAUGAGAAGUCCCCCGCCAUCCUGUAUUCAAGUCCCGUGCCUUGCGGUAUUAUUCCACCUCAUGCCACAGUUGAAAUCCCAUUAGCUCUGGAAGUGGAGGAAAAAGGACACCAGGAAACAGUAGCCUACAUAGCUGUCUUUGGGAAUGAAGACUUCCCACUGAAAAUCCAUCUGGUGUCUUUUGGAGAAGGUCCUGUUGUUUAUGUGCACCCUGCUAAGAUAGACUUUGGCUGCAUCCAGGUUUUAAAGGAUGUUUCCAGGACACUUUGCCUGUCAAAUCAGUCUGUUAUUUCUGCACCAUUUAAGGCACAGAUGGCUCGUGCUCCUUCACUGUGGAGAAUUUUGCCCAGUGAAGGGACUGUUCCUCCAGAGGCGGAAAUGUCCCUUACUCUAAUAGUUAAUUUGGAUGACACCGUACUGUUUCAGGACAAAAUCAACCUGGCUAUAGCGAACAGUAAUUCCUACAUUAUUCCAGUCCAGGCCACAGGCAUCGGAACUACCAUUGUCACAGACAAGCCAUUUGCUCCUGCCAUCAAUCUGGGACCCCAUUUCAGUUUGGAUCCAUGCUGCUAUCGUUUCAAGGUAACCAACUGUGGGCGUCGCACCCAUCAGCUUUACUGGAUGACUGAAGGUUUUGCCCCAUUUCGCCAGCGCAACACGCUCCCUGCCGUCAGUGCUAACACAAAGAGCCAGACCUUCCACCCGAGGACAGAACUGCAGGGUCCUGUGUUCAAGCUUCAGCCACUGAGAAUGGAACUGGCCCCAGGAAAGAGUAUGGACAUGGUCCUGGAAGGAUCUUCUGAUGUUCCCAAGUUGGUAAAGGAAAGAUUGCUGUGCCACGCAAUCAUAGGGAAGCAGUCUGGAAAAGAGUGCAUCAUGAAGGUCGACGUCACUUGUGAAUUCAUUGCUCCAGUUCUACAGAUUUCCUCCAGAGCAGUUACUUUCCGUGUGGAGAAGAACCCUAGUGACAUUUUGACUGCCCAGUACAACCCUCUGUCCUUGAAGAAUAUUUCCUCUUUGCCACUCCGGGUUGUUCUUUCUCUGCAAGAGCCCUUUGCCCUUUGUGACACAAAUCACAGAAUGGUUCCAGCUCCUGCACAGCCUUUAAUGAUGGGUGUUGGAGAGGUACAUCAUCUUUCUGUCAGAUUUGACCCCAACUGUAGAGAAGACCUGUGCAGUCGAGUAUCAGAAGAAGUUCUAGUUUUGCGUUACUUGGAGCAUCCUCAUGUGGACUGUGUCGAUCUCCGGGGAGAAGUGCAUUUCCCAAACCUUCACUUCCAAACAAUGGAUCUCAAUUUUGGCUGCAUCUUGAAUGACACAGAAGUUAUACGUGACAUCAGUAUGAACAAUUGCAGUCCCCUUCUAAUCAAAUAUCGCUGGUCCUUCCUGACAGAUGAUCGUGAGUCCUUUAUCAGGUAUAAGCCAUGGUCUGCAGCUGCUGCAGAAUAUGUCAUCCAGACGUUACUUUUGCAAACUUCUGAAGUGGAAAAGGAGACUCCAGAGAAGAACCAAGCGGAAACCAAAGAAGUACUGUGGUGUGCAGAGUCAGAGGAGCCACACUUGACAGGUGUGGAAGAAGUUUUUGACAUCCUGCCAUUAUAUGGAACAUUGCAGCCAAAUGAGACCCAGCAAAUGUCAUUUACUUUCUAUGGCCAUGCUAACGUAGUUGCUCGAGUCAAAGCACUCUGUGAAGUUGAAGGAGGUCCCACCUAUGAAAUUCUGCUGAGGGGUGAAGCCUCGCUUGUUCACUAUGCAUUCGACAAAAAGGAGAUUUACUAUGGGCUCCAGCCUUUUGACCACAUAUGCAUGGCUGAGAUCACCCUGAAAAAUACAGGAAAAGUUGGAUUUGAAUAUUCUGUGAUUGACACCAUCCAGGCUUCAGCUGACAACCCUCCCCCUGGGGUGCCACUGACUCUACCUGUUACUAAUUAUAUUCAAUCAGGAAAGGAGCAAGUAUUGAAGGUCUAUUACUUACCUGGAGUUCCAGAGGUCUUUCAAAGAACCUUCCAGAUACAGGUGGCUCACCUGGAACCAGAUAGUAUCACUCUGAAAGGACAGGGAGUUUUCCCUAGAAUUUGCUUGGAUCUGCCCAGAAAUAUUCGAGGAAAUGAACGGUACAACAGUAUCCUCAGGGAAGUGAAGCAGCGAAUAGAACAGGAAUCACAGAAAGAUUUCAGCAGUAAUUCCGAAGCAGUGGCCACUGAACCACCUACAGAAGAAUCCAUCACUGCUUUUGAUACACAACUGCAGAUGGAGGUGGAAAGGCUGCUUGUUCGAGAGCACGCUCUGGAGCAGCAGAAGCUGCUGGCUUUUGUUUCAGUGGAUGAUCCUGCUGCCUGUCAGCGAGCUCGCCGGAAACUGGUCAAAGCCCAGCUACCUGAGUAUAUCCUAGACUUUGGCUACAUAAUCAUGGGGACCAUCCGAACUCACAUCAUCAAGGUCACCAACACCAGCCGCUUCCCAGUAUCCUUCCAUGCAGACCGGCGGGACCUGCGGGACACAGGUUUCAACACUGAAUUGGAUCGGGUGAAGAACUUGCCCUUCUGUGAGACAGAGACAUUUGAAAUAUGGUUUGACCCCCAGAGUGCCAGCUGUCCCCUUGGAGAGACAGAAGUGCUGUUGCCCAUCAAGGUUGUGGCUGGGCCCACGUUUCACGUCUCUCUCCGGGCCACAGUGAUCAUGCCAUCUCUCUGCAUGUCCAGCGACAAUCUGGAAUUCUCUGCUGUCCAAUGUGGUCAGUGCCAGGUGGAGACCAUCCAGCUUCAUAAUCAGCUGCAGGUCAUGUGUGAAUGGUUUGCCACAAGCAAUGAGCAAAUUAAAAAGGUGGAUAAGCACAUGCCAAUGACUUUGUGUCGGAAGAUGCGUGAGUACAAGGUGAAACCCCAUGUUUUUGAGAUGAUUCCCCCAUAUGGAAUCCUGGCUCCUGGAGAGCGACUCAACGUGCAGGUCAAGUUUGCACCAAGAGAAGAGAAACUCUACCACAAUGUCCUGAUCUUGAGCAUUUCGCAGAGCACUCAGCAACUGCUGCUGAAUGUCUCUGGGCAAGGACUGGAGCCACGUCUUGAGUUCAGCCCCUCUCUCUUGGAACUUGGGCCUCUCCUUCCAUAUGGCAUUGGGGACGAAGCUGAAGUGGUGGUGAAAAACCCAUGCUGCUUCCCUAUUGAGUUCUACUCCUUAGAAUUUGACCAGCAGUAUCUUCUGGAAGAGCGGAUUCUGCGGAUGCUGAAGGGCUAUGAUAACCACAACAUUCUUCUAUUGCCUCCUCGCCUCCCUGGAGAGAAGCUGCCUCUUGAGGUGCUGGAAUAUUUUGAGGAACAAAGGAAGGCUCAAGGCGACCAGGAAGGGUUGAAUCUGGAUAACGAGGAGGAAGAAAGCACUCACGUUUCUGAACUUGGAAUUAAGCCUCACCCUUCAGUCGUGCAAGCGAUAGCCACAGGGGCCUCUGCUUUUCCUUCUCUUUCGCUCAUGGACAAUAACCGAGCAUUCCAGGUGGAAUCCAAAAUUGAUCAAGAGGAAGAAGAGGAAGAAGAGGGAAUUGAAAAAGGUCAAAUGCAAGGGAGUCAACAAAGCCUCACCAAGCGUAAGGAAGCAGUUGGGGAGCUAGACAACAACCCUGUUUCUAAAGCCAUUGCUCGCCAUCUUGGCAUCGAUAUCUCCCCCGAAGGACGCGCAGCCAGGAACCGCAGGGGCAUUGCCAUCAUAAUUCACGGAGCCCCCCUUACAGGAAAGACCAGCGCUGCUGUAGUCCUGGCCAAGCACUACAGUGCAGCUUGCUUGUCCAUUGACUCCGUGGUCCUGGAAGCCAUCUCAGACGGGAGCAGUUCGGCAGGGCUUCGUGCACGGGAGCUCUGCAUCCGAGCUGCUAUCGAGCAGGCGCAGCGAGAGAAUGAGGAUGGCGGCACAGAGGGGCCGCCAGCUCUAGCUCUGGGCACCCGGCUGAGCACAGAGGCGUUGGCCAAGCACACCUCGGAGGGCAGCCAGCACAGCUCUGAGUCCAAGACGGGGCCCCUCUCCGCCAUCUCCCGUGGCUACAGAGGAAGCACAGCCACAGCCAAAGGCAAGCCAGAAAGCCACCUGUCCCAGAAGCAGCAGCAGCACCAGCAGCAGCAGCAGCAGCAGCAGCCGCAGCCUGAUCAGCCGGGAUCCCAGGUGCCCUCCAGCCCUAUUCCCAGUGCCCCCCUCCAGCGACGCCUCAGUGUCAGUGCCAGCGGGGCUGGAGAUUGCGGUCUGAUGAGUUGUGUGCUUCCAGAUGAGCUUUUGGUGGAGACCCUUUCAGAGAGAAUGCAGCUGAGUGACUGCUAUCGCGGGAUGGUGUUCGAUGGGCUGGAAACACUGUUUGCCCGCAGCAUGGUGUCCGCACUCCUCUGCCUGCUCAAAGCUAUCAACAACCGGCGGCAUAUCUAUUUUGUGAACCUCUGCCAGGAUUUUGCUGCUAUGAAAGCCAGAGAGAAAAGCAAGCAAGAGCAGGAAGAACGGGAUCAGCAGGAAGCUCUUGCAAGAGAGAAGGCUCGUCUUCAGGAAAUGGACGAAGAGGAGUAUGAUGCCCUCACCGAAGAACAAAAAAUCCAGUUUGACGGUGAACUGUUGCAGGCAUUACGGGAGAGAAAAAGAAGGGAGCUGGAGAAGCUGGCUCGGGAGCUGGAGGAAAAGAAGCAUCAACAAGAAUUGGAGCGCAUGCGGGAGGAAGAGGAGAUGAAAAAGAAGUCCAAGCGAUAUAAGAGGGAUGGGGGGAAAGAGAAAGAAGAGGCAGCAGGGAAAAAAGGCCAGCAAGGAGGCAAGCAAAAUCUCACCAUAUCAGCCUACAAAUCAGAUGGGAAGCUGAACGAAGGGAUAGAGCGAAAAGUGUCUGCCAAGGAGCGUCCAGAUGCGGGUGUCAACGACAAGGAGGAGAAGAAAAAGAAGAGCCGGAUGGCCCUGCAGAACGGCCAGACUGGGGUGGUGCCCCCUCCAGCCCCGGAAGAGGAGGAGGCAGAAAAGGACAUGAGCGAGAGCGAGAAAAGCUUGGCACAGCGCUUCAAGCUGUACGAGGCCACCCAGAAAGAGGUCGCUCAGAUCCUGGCCUGCUGGGACAGGGUGCAGUUGGUGCAGCUGCAGCCGCCAGGCUCCGAGGAGAAGCCAGAGGAAGCCGAGGACCAGCGCCAGGCCCCGUCUGGCCGCAAAGGCCGGAAGGACCGGGAGAGGGAGCGCCAGGAGAGGCUGGAGAAGGAGCGGGUGGAGAAGGAGCGUCUGGAGAAGGAACGAGCAGAGAGGGAGCGUCUGGAGAGGCUCAAGGCGAUGGAGGACAGCAGGAUGGCUGGGCUGGAGGGAGAAGGCGGGGAGGGCACAGAGAAGGACAUCGGGAUCCCCACCUUGGAAAUCCACGUGCUCAGUUCUGAGGACUCCAGUGGCAAGCGGAUCCUGGAAAGCGGCAAAUUGCCCAACGUAAUCCAGAUCUUGAAUGGUUUGGGGCUGGGCCCUUCAGGGCCCCCCAUUCCUCCCACAGCCUUUUUCUCUGUGAUCCCAUACCCGGAGAAGCGACCAGCACAAGUUGCCUCAGAAGCUCUCAAGCACUUCACCUUCAUUAUCCCUGAAGAACUGAAUGCAGAGGAGGAGAAAAAGGAUGUGGAGAGUGGUAUGGAGGCUCCAGUGAGUCUCCAUGUGGCAAAGGAGGAGCUGGCCACCCCUUCUCGAGGCAAGUCCAGGAAGGAGAAACCCGAGGCCCUCCGGGAGGCCCCAAAGGAGAAGAAAACCACCUUGCGCAGCAGAAAAGGCAUGCAUCCCAGCCCCGGCACAAUGACAGCGCUGUCGGAGCUCGACCAGGGCAGCCUGACAGGGGAGCCCUCCGGCGAGAAGCUGCUCAGGCAAGGACCCCGGGCACAGGGCCCCUGCAGGCUGAACUGCUUUCGCUGGAUUAUUCCUGCUAAUGGAGAAGUUUCAAUGCGCAUCCAUUUCUCUUCCACCAAAACAGGACUCUUUGAUCAGGUCCUGAACUUCGAAAUCCUUGGCACUCGGAGACAGUAUCAGGUUUGCUGCAGGGGCACCUGCACCUACCCCACCAUCUGCCAAGAUCCCACGAUAGUGUUCCCCCACCGUAAGAAGAAUAUCCAUCCUGAUGAAAUUGUGUUCAAGAAGUACAUCAUGAGUUUGGGUGUGUUCCACUUUGGCCCUUUGCUUUGUGGCAAGUCAAGAGAAAAGUACAAGGCUGCGCGGUACCCAAAUCACUUUGAAAAGAUCACCAUUCUCAACAUAUCCCCCCUGGAGGCCGAAGUGCACUUCUUCUUCCAACACGACUCCAGGGCAAUCACCUACCUCUUGGACCCGCCCACACUCCUGCUGAAGCCAAACCAGAAGCAAGUGUUGACUAUCUGGGCGUAUCCGACCGCCGCUGGUCUGUUUGAAGACAGCAUCGUCUGCUGCAUAAAAGAGAAUCCAGAGCCUGUAACCUUCCGGAUCUGUUGCCAGGGUGUUCGUCCAGAGCUGGAGCUGGACCGUCGACAGCUGCAUUUUGAGAAGCUGCUGCUGCACAGAAAAGAGACCAAGUCGCUUUACCUAAAGAAUGCGACUCCAUUGCCGGUAGCCUGGCGGAUCAGCGGCCUGGAGAACAUUGGCGACGAUUUCAGCCUGUCGGAUGACAUAGGCGUCAUUGAGCCCUUCUCAGAGCACUGCCUGCUGGUGAACUUCAAGGCCACCAAGGCCCUCAGCAUCAAAAAGGCCAUCCGGCUGGAGGUUUCUGAUGCAGAAAAUAUUCUGGGGAUUGUUCAGAUUGAAAAUAUACAGAUUGUUGCUGAGGCCUAUGAUGUUGCCCUGGACAUCAGUUUCCCCAAAGGAACAAAUGGUGGUUUGGAAUUUGGGGUUGUUAAAGUUAUGGAUGAAGCUAAGCAGACAUUAUCCAUGAAGAAUAAAGGCAAAUAUGAGAUUGCUUUCAGCUUGGCUAUUGAAUCCACAGAACAUGGGAUGUCUAAUCUGGGUCAGCUGUUCACCAUGCAGCCCCAGAAGGGGAAUUUGGGUCCUAACGAUCGUCCUACUCAGGUCCAGAUAGUUUUUCAUUCAAAGAAGGAAGUGAAAGUUGAAGACAAGCCUAUUCUGCAGUGCCAUGUGAUUGAGCCUUCCCUCUGUGAAGGAGGGGAGAUCAUUGCCACCAUUCCCAUCAGGUUGUCAGUGCAGUCCUUAUUCACCAAAUACAGCAUUGUCCCUCCUUCCCUCAUCAACUUCGGGCCUUUGGUGAGCGGCUCCCGGAAGACCAGCAGUUUCUCCAUUGAGAACAAAGGGGCCCUGGAUUUUAAGUUCACCAUUGGCAAGCAAGUCCGCGAUACGGUGAUUCCAGCAAAGAAAGGAAACUCUCAUAUCAAAACUUCCCGUUCCCGUGACACGGACCUCAGCCGGCAGAAUGCUUUGCUGGGCACGGGUAGGCAAAGCAGGCAUGCUGAAUCUUUGCAAAGAGACGUGAACCUUGUGGGUCAGGCUCGCUUCUCUCUGGGCAUGUUUGCUGUGUAUCCGGGGUAUGGAAGCGUUGCUGCAGGAGGCCAUCAGGUCGUCACUGUGGAUUGCUUUGCUGACCCUGUGGGGAAGUCUGAAGAAUGCCUGAUCAUUGAGGUCACAGACCGAGACCCUGAAGACAACCCAGGGGGCAUUCUCUACAUGCUCAUUGCAGAGUCCUGCAUGCCAGGAUUUGUGACUGACAAUCUAGGGGCCGUUUUUGAGGAGCAUCGGAUCUGUAACAGUGGCAACCUCAGCCAGGUGCUGAAGUCCAUAGGCUGUGAAGGUGUGUUUGUGGCAGAUGAGAACAAGUUUCUCUUCAACAACGUCCUGGUCGGGCGCCAGGCAACGGCCCGCUUCAAGAUCUGCAACACUGGCCGAGUCCCCUGUGACGUUGUCAUGACCACAAAGCCAAUUUCUGCCAAGUCCAUUGCCCGAAUCAGCGACACCUUUGAGCUCCAUCCUGUGCGCAUGAGCAUCGCCAGUCAUUCGCAAGCCUUUGCCACUCUGACCUUCUCACCACAGGCCAUGCAAAACUACCAGUGCAUUUUUGAGGCUUCAGUUGAUGCAUUGCCCAGUGUGGUCGCCAAAUCGAGAGCUCUAUCCUUUGAAGUCACUGGAGAUGGCAGCCUUCCUCAGAUCACCAUUGUGCGCCCUGUUCUCCGCAGUAAGAAGGGGAGCCCCCUCCUCCUCUUCAGGAAGGUCCUGUUAGGCCACAUGGAGGCACUCCCGCUCGUCCUUAAAAACAGUGGCAGCCUAGUAGUCCAGUUGUACCUUGAUAUGUCGGAUGACAGCGGUGCUUUUGCCCUGAAGCCCAGGAGCACCACCCAGUGCGUUUACGUGUCUUCCCAGACCGAGGAGAACGAACUCAGCGAAGGAGUCCGAAAACCACACACCGCCUCCUUGGUCCUGCACAAUGGGGAGUCAGCUGAGUUUGAUGUGAUCUUCCAGCCUGGCUUGGCCCAGCGGGUUGAAGGGCUGAUCCACCUCUCUAUCGUGGACAACCAGUAUGAAGAGACCAGCAUCCAGAUGAUUGGCGAGGGCUACCAGGACAAUAUCACCCUAGACAACAUUCACAGCCCAGUGGCAGAGACGGAUACAGAAAACAUUGAGGGGCAACUGGAUGAGAACACAGGAGAGGCUGUGAGGAUGGAACAUAUCCAGUUUGGAGACUGCCACCUUGAGAAGCUGUAUCAGGCAGCAUUCACCAUCACCAAUCACAGCAAGUCGGAGGUGAUGAGAUUUGAAUGGCCUGCUGUGGGCCCGUGUCAGUUCUCCCCACAGGUUGGCCAUCUCCAUGCCGGCUGCACUAAAAACAUCAUCCUGACUUUGAAAUCCAGCCUGCCCAUCACCCUCAGAGAGCAGCUUCUCCGAUGCAAGGUGUCCAAAAUUGCCUUCCAGUGCCCGGCUGACCAGGUACCGGAUUGGGAUGAUCGCCUGCAUACCAUCAAAUGGGUGGAUGUGUCAAAGGGUAUCACGAGUGCACGUCCAGCAAAAAAGAAGGUGAUAGAGACCGACCCAGAGCCUGCUCACGUGACUGUGGAAGAGGGCACCCAGGAGCUGGUCCUUCGCGUGAGCGCCAACAUUGACUUUGCCCAAUAUAAAAUGGAGGUGGACGCUGUGCACUUCAGAGACACGUUGCUCUUCCAGACAAGGGUGUUCAUGGUAGAGCUGUCCAAUACAGGGAAUGUGCAACUGGAGUAUUCCUGGAAAGUAGUCAUGGAAGAAAGCGGGAAGGCAGUCAACUUUGCUACUGAACCCUUGUCAGCAAGCCCAGAAGGGGACCCAUCUAGAGCAUCAACCGCUUCCAUCAAGGCACAGUCCAGCCGACCACUCAGCCAGCUGGGAAGCAUGCUGGAUAGUUUAUCUUCCUAUGCCUUCCCAGUGGUCACCCGCCCUCCAUUCUUCAUGGAGCCCAGCAGAGGGGCUAUCCCUCCGGGGAAAUCUCAGUCCCUCCAAGUGAAAUUCUCUCCCCAGGAAGUAGGAGAGUUUGAGGGCCAUCUACUCUGCAGCGUGCCUAAUUUGAAGCUAGAUGAGCCGGGCCCAGUUGUGGCCGUGAAAGGGAAGAGUCUCCUGCCAUACUGCCAUUUUGAGCUGGAAGACUCUGAUUACAUUACUGCAAACAGGCGCAACUCAGACUUGCGAGGACUGAGAGGGAUGAAUCUGGACCCCCAAACUAAAGUGAUUGAAUUCACCUCUGUAGGAGUCCAUGUCAGGAACACCAGGAGUUUUGCCAUCCUGAACCCCACCAAUGCCACCUACUCCUUCCACUGGACCUGUGAGCAGCAGGAAGAGAGGAGGGAGCCCCCGGCCUUCAUCUGUUUCACAGAGCAGGGGCUGCUCCGGCCAGAGAAGAAGAUGGAGAUCAUAUUUGAGUUCAUUCCCAAGCAUCUGGAUGUUACAGAAUCCUUUUGGACCUUCACGAUUUCUGAGCACAACAUCACUGUCCCAUUCCUCCUGGUUGGUCACACCACAGACCCGGCUGUGUCUUUGGAGAGAGCCCACCUGAACUUCCGCUCACUUUUGAUUGGACAUGAAGCUUGCGAGAGCAUUGAUAUUCUCAAUGAGGAGAAUGAGCCCUACAGUUUUUCCUUCCAAGACUGUUCCCGUUUUUCAGAGGGACGAAUCAGCUGCCUGAACCUGCAGCCCAUGGAAGGUGUGAUCCCACCUCAUUCCAGACUUCCAGUUAACAUCUACUUCAUGCCAACCCUGGAAGGGGAAGUAAAUUUUAACCUGAUCUGUGAUGUCAAGAAGAAAAGCCAGCCACUCUGCUUGAAUGUCAAAGCAACUGGCCAUACCAUGAAUGUGUCUGUGAAGUGUGAAGAAAGCAAUGGUGUGGUAACUGAGCUAGACCCUGACCAGCUGAAGCGGAUCCACUUUCAUGAGAUGCAAGUGAAUGAUUACGCAGAGUGUAAUUUCUCCAUUCUCAACACUGGCAAAUUCAACUUCACCUUUUCCUGGGAGUUCUGCAAUGCCAAAAAGUUCCAGCAGUAUUUUGCCAUCUCCCCAGAGAACGGUGCCGUGGAAGCCGGGGAGCGGGUGGAGGCCACGCUGUCCUUCCACCCCCUGAAGGCAUUGGCCUUGAAGGACACUGAACUCAGACUGCAGAUAAGCCACGGCCCCAUGUUUACGUGUCUGCUGCAAGGCUCCGUGUUGGCUCCCAGCAUCCAUUUCUCUCCCCUCAAAGUGGAUUUUGGCAACUGCUUCAUCUACCAAGCUGGGAUGCCCAUUUCCAGGAGGACCUUGGUGGUCACCAACAAAGAUGGCAAGAAGGCCAGUGUGGAGUGCUUGUUCACCAACACAGCUCACCUGGAGAUCGGUUUCCAUUCUGAAGUACUGAGUCCUGGAGGAAAGGUGGAGGUUCCAAUCAGCUUCUAUCCCCGAGAAGCCAUUUCCUACCAUGAAAUCAUCACCUUUGAAAUAAAUGGGCUCUUACAGCGGACUGUAGAGAUCUUUGGGAAGGGCAUUGAGAUGAAGAUAGAUGUUGUGGAACCUCCCCAGAAAGUGCUGAAAUUCGGAGCUGUCCCUGCAGGGCACACUGUGAAGAAGGGAGUCACACUAGUGAACAACAGUGUCACCUUUGUCACAUUCAGCCUGAGUGUUGUGGCCUCUGCUCCAGAGCUGCAGGAGGCAAAGGUGCUCACCAUGUCUCCGUGUGGGGAAAUUACCUUGAAGCCCCAGGGAGGCACCUGUCACGUGGAGGUGACAUUCAGUCCAAAGAGCCGCAUCCUGCCGUUCUCUGAGGAGGUCCUACUUGAAUGCCAAGGGGUCCUGCGCUCCAUCUUUAUUGUGCAAGGCUGCUGUCAGGGCAUUGAGGUCCACCUGGACCAGGACCAUAUCCCUUUUGGAGCUGUGGUGCUGCGGAGCCAGGCAUCUCGGCGCAUCGUGAUGCAGAACACGGGAGACAUUGGAGUGGGCUUCAGGUGGGAUGUCAAGCGCUUCAAACCAGACUUCUCCAUCAAACCCGUGGAGGGUUACAUCUCUCCAGGAACAGAUGUCUCUUUUGAGGUGACCUUCCACCCUUAUGAACAGAGCCAGGACAUCUGCUACGAGAACCUCCCCUGUCACAUCCAAGGCCGAGAACCUGUGAGGCUCACCCUGAGUGGAUUCUGCGUGGGCAUCCCGCCCGUCAAAGAGGUGGUAAAUUUUGUGUGCCAGGUGCGUGGAAAGCACACACAGACCAUCAUGCUGUCCAACCGGACCAACCAACCAUGGACGCUGCGGCCCAUUAUUGAGGGAGAGUACUGGAAAGGGCCGGAGUUCAUCAGGGUGGAAGCCCACCAGCAGAACAAGCCCUAUGAAAUCACAUACAGACCUCUUGCUAUGAAUGUAGAAAACAAGAAGGAUCAGGGCUCCAUCUUCUUCCCACUCCCAGAUGGAACAGGGCUGCUUUAUCUCCUGCAAGGCACCACAGAGCCUCCCAAGUCUUCUGGGAAUAUUAUGAGGGAGGUUCCGUGCAAAACAUCCUACGUAGAGCUGUUCCCCAUCACCAACUGGUUGAACAAGCUGCAAAGGUUUCGGGUAACAGUUGACAUAAUAAAGCCAGAGAAGCUGGAAGUCACCACCACCCUGAAAACACUGGACUAUAUUGAAGUGCCUGCUUCCGCCAAGAAGGACCACAAGCUGACCUUCUUCUCCUACAAAGAGGGCAUGUUCACUGCCAAGGUGACCUUCCGCAACGAAGCCACCCAGGAGUUCUUAUUCUACCUGAUAACGUUUAAGGCCAUCCCAUGUGGCCCGCUGGGCACCCUUGAGCUGGCCACGGCUGUCCGGCAAAACACCUCCGCCUCCAUCAGGGUUGAGAACCCGCUGCAUUGCUCAGUCACCUUCAACACAGACUGCAAGGUGCCGGACAUCAACACCCCUCCCCAGCUCACCGUCCCUGCGCAGUCGGAGGGAGUGCUCGUCUUCGAGUUCCUACCAAUGAGGCCCGGGGAAACCAGUGGGCGUCUGGCUCUCAACAGCAACGAGCUGGGCACUUUCCAGUAUGAUUUGAUCCUGAAAGCCACUGCAGCCCGUCCAGAGAAGCCCCUCUGUUUUUCCACCAUGUUGGGCAGCAGCCAGAGCUUGGUCGCCAAGUUUGUCAACUACACUCGCCAAAAGACUGAGUACUCCACCAAGAUCGACUGCCCCGACUUCCACGUGGACAAGGUGGUCAACGCGCCGGCGGGGUUGCAGACGGGCACCGAGGUGGGCGUGGAGGUGACCUUCGAGCCCUGCCAGCUGGGCGAGUCGCGUGGGACGCUGCUGCUCUCCUCGGCCGCGGGCGGCGACUACGCGAUCCCGCUGGUCGGCACGUCGGCGCCCCCCCGGCCCCAGGGGCCCAUCCCGAUCCGGCUGGGCAGCAGCGCGGCCAUCGCCUUCAAGAACGUCUUCCUGCAGCCCAUGGCCUUCACCUACGCCGUGGAGAGCCCGGCCUUCUCCGUCAAGGGCACCGAGACCAUCCGGCCCAAGAAGACCGCCUCCGUCACCGUCGCCUUCGACGGCGGCCCCGGCGGCCCCCGGGCCCCGGUGACCAGCAAGCUGGUCAUCUCCUGCCCGCGCGUCGCCGGGCUCGGCGCCGCCGUCUCCUGGGUCUACUACCUGAAGGGCGUCAUGCCGGACAAAUGAGGCGGGCGGGGGCAGCCACGCCGACGGCCCCGCCUGGCGGAGAGG